GCUUAUACAACCGGGGCUUCAUCUACCUGGACGUUCCCAUAUCUGAUGACAGCUGUAUCUCAGUGCCCCCUCUUGAAGGCUUUGUCAUGAACCGUGUCCAGGGCGAUUACUUUGAAACGCUUCUCUACAAAAUCUUUGUGUCCAUUGAUGAGCAGACGAAUGUGGCGGAGCUGGCAAAUGUGCUGGAGAUUGACUUGGGUUUAGUGAAGAAUGCAGUCUCUAUGUACUGUCGCCUCGGCUUCGCUGUGAAGAAAGGUCAAGUGUUCAGCUCCGAGCAGCUUCACCUCAGCUGGAAGAACGCCCCGUCUGUCAACAGACUCAAGAGCACCAUGGAUCCCCAGAAAAUGCUGCUGUCCUGGGAGCAGGGCAGCCCCGUCAUGGAGGCAGGCUCUUCAGCCACAGACACGGACACCACCAGCCUGGAAGACCAAGCUGAAACGGGCAGCGUUAGCAGCCUGAGCAUUCCAGCCGCGCCCACCAAAAGGAUCGCCUUCCUGUUUGACUCCACUCUCACAGCUUUCCUCAUGAUGGGCAACCUGUCUCCGAAUCUGAAGAGUCACGCGGUGACCAUGUUUGAAGUGGGGAAACUGUCUGAUGAGACUCUCGACAGUUUCCUGGCUGAGCUGGAAAAGGUGGAGAGCACAGCAGAGGGCGAGGCUCAGCGGUACUUUGAUCAUGCUCUGACCCUUAAAAACACCAUCCUUUUCCUGCGCUACAACAAAGAACUCACUCAGGAUCAAGGGCCUGAUAUUCCAAAUAUAGGUUUCCCCUUGGACAUGUUGCGCUGCGAGAGCCUGCUGGGUCUGGACCAGGCCACCUGCAGCCGCGUCCUCAACAAAAACUACAAGCUGCUGGUUUCGAUGGCGCCCCUCAGCAAUGAGAUCAGACCCAUCAGCAGCUGCACGCCUCAGCACAUUGGCCCAGCCAUCCCUGAGGUGAGCUCCAUCUGGUUCAAGCUGUACCUGUACCAUGUGACCGGCCAAGGCCCGCCGUCUCUGCUGCUCUCCAAGGGUUCCAGGCUUCGAAAACUGCCCGACAUUUUCCAGGUCUAUGACAGGCUGUUGAUCACCUCUUGGGGUCACGACCCCGGAGUCGUMCCUACAUCCAACGUGUUGACGAUGCUGAACGACGCCCUCACACACUCUGCUGUCCUCAUCCAGGGACACGGUAUGCACGGUCACGGAGAAACUGUUCACAUCCCAUUUCCUUUUGACGAGGAGGAUCUGAAGGGAGAGUUCUCCUACUCCAACAUGUGCGUGCACAAGGCUCUGCAGCAGCUGAAGGAGCACGUGGAUCUGAAGCACCAGUGUGGCUACGUCACCAUGCUCAACUCCAACAACAGGCACCGCCGCAGGCCCAGUGACAGCGGGGAGUGUGGAGGAGAAACUCACCUCGGAGGAGGCCUGGACACCAACGGCAGCACCGAGUCCUUUGAGCUGGUGACAGAAGAGAAUGGUGAAGGCAAAGGAAAGACGGAAACACCUUCGUCUGAAGAUGAGUGGGUCCCCCUUGAGCUGUGCUUUGGCAUGCCCCUCUUCAGCUCAGAGCUCAAUCGCAGAGUGUGUCGAAAGAUCGCCUCGCACAAACUGUGCAGCAGCGAGAGCCUUCAGGAGCUUCUCCACUCGAGCCGAAAGCUUUCGCUCAAAGUGCUGAGCUUCGUUCAGUCAUUCCAGGACGGCAGCCAGACCUCAGACGUGGACAGCGGCGUGUCGAACCCUCUCAGCCAGCCUCCGGCUGAGUCCGGCGUCCCCCUGCCCUCCAUCAACCUCCUCUUCAAGGACGGGCAGCUGAAGGAAUGGAGCGGGCGGGCCCCACCCCCUCUGCACAUCUCRUCACUGCAGAAAGACCAGCCCUCAUAAACCAGCCGCUGGCUUCGCUUACAUCCAUGGGAGGAAAUGACGACUUUUCAGUAAAAAAAGGGGCCACCUUUUUUUUUCUUUUUUUUUCUUGGCAACAUCACUAUGGAUGGUCUUUAAAACGGUCCUGYGUCUUCAUAUGGAAAUCCCCUCACUUAUAAGCUCCACUUCUCGUCCGCCGGUAUCCAGGUGAGGGGAAGAUGAAGCCCCUCAGCUGUUUAUUGUUUAAUCUUCUGUAAGAGGAACCAUCUAACAUUAGUGCCCCGCCCCCUUUCGCUGUUUCCCUCUGUGAUUUCUUGUGCUCCCAGCAGGGCAGUGUUAUCUGUGAGAGUGGUGCUAUUUUCACAACAUAGAACAAAGAUGGAGGUAAACCCAUCCUCCAAUCAGUGGAGGGGUUUCUUUUCCUGAAAAUAAAGUCAUAUUGUAGUUGUUGUAAAAAGAAAAAAAAAGGACUUUUUCAGAAGUGACAUUAUGCACAUUCUAGGACCAAGACUUUUGGACUUGCCAGGUUGAGUUCUGAUCCAAACCCCACUGCCUCCCUGUAUCGUUCAGUCAUCUAAUGCAUGAUGCUGUUGCACAACUCAGAAAGAUUAUUUUCUUUUCUCUUUACUUGUAACCAAUAAUAGGAGGGGAUGUGUUAUUUGCACUGUGCAGGAUUUCUCCAAACCUGUAGAUAAAUAAAUCUCAUGUCACUUUUUAAAAAAAAAAGUUGGAUCAUUUGUAGUGUACACGUUUUUAGAGCUCAUGUUUAGAAGGAAAUGUUUGCUUAACACAAGCGUUAAAAAACUAUUGGGCAUUUGAAAAACUGUUUUUUUUUUUCAUUUCCAGUAGAGCACCAAAGAUGAUUCUACUUUCUCAAACUGCCUUUUAUUUUGAUGCCUUUGUUGUAGUCAGCCAAUCAAAAAGACUCAGGCCUAUAGGAUCAAAUCUGCUUCAUUUUGCAACUUUUUUUUCAUGAUUCCUUCAUGCUCGAUUGAGUGCAUAUUGCUAAUACAAGGUUCAAGACGAGGUCACAGAAAGUACCAACCGUCCUUGUUCGAGCUAGUUUUAGAGCCACACUGCACAGAGUAGGAACAGUUAAAUCUGCUUGUUUUGAUUGAAGYUGCUGCCACUGUUUCCUCAUUGGAUGGACUCCAGUUUGUGCGCAGCGCUCUGCUCUCUUGGCCAGCCCUUCACACUCUCCAAGGGAUUCUGUUGACUCUGUCUUUUGAAGUGGGGGGAGAACAUGGUUUGUGGUGUAAAGACAGGAGUCAACUUUUUACCCAGGGGAUGGUUAUGCAAAUGUUUCUCCUGGUUUCUCAGAGAUGUUUAYGGCCCAAAGUGUUUUGUGAGUUUCCCCUGCUCUAUUGCAUUUAAAGUGAGAAAACCCCAUUAGUUCUUUCUGAAGGAGUCCACCCUCUGCCCUUCUUSACCCACUUGUGGAAAUUGUCUAAAAAUGUGAUGCUGAAAUAAAUUAUGAAAAAAAAAAAUACAAAAAACAGGAAUAAUACAAGGUCCUGCUGAAGCAUGAGGACUGUGUAGGAUCUGUUGUGUGCACGUGUUGUGUAUGCGUGCGUAUUGUACACCUCAUGGGUGCGUUUUAAAACAAGCCUAAUUUUAACAAGACCCUUACCCCCCACACCCCUUCGAGUCAUGCCUGUUAUCUAGUAGCUCAUUUUCCCCCCAGAUUUUCAUCUUCCACUGUGUUUAAAAUGAUAGUUUUAUAUGUCAGCAUAAAUUUUAGAAAAUCUUUGUUGUAGCUUGUUUAAUGGGACUGUGAAAAUGAAGAAAACACCCCUUGAAAUUAAAAGGGUUGAAGAAGAAAAAAAAACAUUCCUUCACUUUGCCCUGCCUACAUGCUAAUCUAGUUACAUAUGAUCACAAAGAAAUAUGUAAAAAGUAUAUGAAAGUAUAAAUAAAUAUGUAAUGAGAGCAAACUGGA